CCCCGCCCCUUGGUCGCUCUAGCCCGCGAAGGAAGCGGUGAGUUGUCAUGGCUUCCUUCUAGGCUGCGGGAGGAAGCGUACGGCGCCUCGUUUGUAGUGUAGUCCGCCAUGGAGGCGGCUCGUAAAGCACUGGUAGUAGUUGCAGUGUUAGGCGCGGGAGCUGGCGUGGGCUCUAUUCUGUUUGCUCUUGUGACCCCAGGAGAACUAAAGAAGCAGUCGAUGCUGCAGGAGAUGCCGGAGAGGGACUCGCGGCGCAGGGACGAAGCGAUCAGGACCAAGGAACUGGUGAUGGCUACUCUGAAGGACGCCGCGGCCACGAAGGAAAACGUGGCCUGGAGGAGAAACUGGAGAGUUAGUGGGGAUGGCAGGUCAGCAUGACACCAGAGCUCACCCAUGGUCGCGGGAGCCUGUAAGGCGCCUUUCUUGGUGCUCCGGACAUGGAGUCGAGAUUCAGGGGACACACCAGGACUCUCUCCAAGGCACAAGGAGCUGCGGUUGGGGGAACGCGUUUAAUGAGCACAUCCCGUGACAGGGUGGAACUAAUAAAUGCAGUUCAUCCAUUAAGUGGAUUUCACAGCUGGACAUCUAAUGCUUAGAGAGCUGUGAGGGUCUACCCAGUGGGCACGGAAAACCUAGGCAGCUGCAUGCUACCCUCUCCCUGGAGAGUUCUUAAAUCCAGUAAGUUUUCUGACUAUUCAAAAUGGGUCACGUUAUCUAAGUUUGCUUCUGCAACUGUCGGUAAAAGACUUUUUCCUAAAGUCUGUUUUUGUCUGUGUGUAUUGUGUGAAUAAAAAGUGAAAGUCGGAAGUCACAGAA